GUGAUAUUGUAUUUAAUUAUGUAUUCCGAUAGGGGGAAUGGUUUAAUUUUGUAGUUCAAUUUUAGAUUUUCUCCAUCUCUGGUCCACAGUCCAGUAGGUGGCGGUAAUGCAUCACUAAAGCUGGUUGUCAAACGCGAUUUACAAACCACCGAAGAAGAAGUGUAAACAGAAGUGACCAAGAACAAUUUCCACUUUAGAGUUUUUGUUGUUAUUUAGACGUUUAUUAACAGCGUGGAAAUCUACAUUUGACUAAUUUAACUGCUUAGCAUCACAUCCUUACCCCAGGUAGUUUUUAAUUGGCGUUUAGGACAGGACUUGGUUGAUAGAUUUGUUAUUUAGGUGACUAACGUUAGCUAGCUGCUAACGUUAGCUAACAUGGCUAACUGUAUGGUUUUUCACACUCAAAUCGCCUCCAUUAUGGAGGUGUUAGCGAAUGCAGCCGUGGCAGAGGUCUGCAAACUCGUAGACGACGACUAUGCCGUGUUUCGUUUAGAAAUAACUCAAAGCCAGAAAGAAAACAGGACAUUGAGGAGGAAACUACAGCUACUGGAACUGAAGGUGGCACGGGAGCGCGCAGAGAGGACAACGCGAGAGCGCGUCCUCACCAGUCGUCCCAGUAGUGUCAAGAUCCUCGACCGAUACAGAGGAAUGGCAAGAGGACAACUCACUGGAGGCCACAGGAGCUUUGUGAAGCCAGCGGGACACAAUGCGUGGAGAGAUGACCAACCUAUAGCUAUAGGUGAGGGGAGUGGAACCUCAACCCAGCAUGUUAUCGUGAUAGAGCCUGCAUAUGCAGAGGCUGCAGGUCCUGGGGUCAAGCAGGAGAGGUCUGAAGGAGAGGAGGCCCCACAGCACAGCAGAGAUAUCCAGACUGGAGCAGCGGCUGGAGCAGCGCCCCCUGUAGUUAGGAAAGACCUCGCCGCCACACCCCAGGCCAGUACCAGACACAGCAUCACAGAGGAGGAGGAGGGUCCAGAGAUGCUGCUGGUGAAGGACGAGGGGUGUGAGGAGGGUCUGGGGAACCCUGAGGGGACCAUGGUCAUGGAGGGCAACCAGACUACACCGCCUCCUGAACCCACAGAGGAACCAGCUGAGCAGCACAGGACCACACACAGUCUCACUGAGUCAGUAGACAUGGAGGAUGGGAAGCCUGAUCUUCUGCUGGUCAAAGAGGAGACAAUAGAAGAUGGACCAGAGAGCAUUGAUCUGCUGAGUGGACUAAAGAUGGGGGAGCAAGGUGGUUGGCUGGGGGCUAAAAGAGGAGAUUGGGUGGACAUCUUGGAUUCCCAGACUGGUGCAGCCAAUGGCCCAGGGGACGACAUCACUGAGCAGGCCAGGACCAGAGGCGACAUAGUGGAGUCAGUAGACAUGGAGGAUGGGAAGCCUGACCUGCUGCUGGUCAAAGAGGAGACAAUAGAAGAUGGACCAGAGAGUAUUAAUCUGCUGAGUGGACUAAAGAUGGGGGAGCAAGGUGGUUGGCUGGAGGAUAACAGAGGAGACUGGGCAGCCAUCUUGGAUUCCCAGACCCAGAAGGGUGCAGCCAAUGGCCAAGCGGAGGUCAGUGGAUGGGACAGCGUCCUCAUCUCUGGGCUGGGGAUCAACACUGUUAACCACAACCAGAAACAGACAGUCAAAAACAAAACAACAUCCAAACUUAGUCUCCAUGACAACAGACUUGCUGAGACCAGGACGAGGUUUAGAUUUGGUCUGCGGGGACGGGGAGGUGUCCGUAUGCAGAGGGAGAGAACAGACACAGACUCUGCUAGCGAUGCUCCAUCCUGCUCCUAUAGUUGUGAUUCAGAGAGACUGAUGGCGUCUCAGAUUAACCCCCUAACAGGUGCUGCCUUCAGCCUGCCUUCUAUAGGAUCUAUCAACUGGAACAUGGACCCUGGUAGAACACAGACACUCCCUGGCCUUCAUCAUCCUCACAUUCCCCUAAUGUUAAAUCAGACCUCAGACAAUGCCAGUGCCUCAACACUAAAUGGAUACACAAGCCCGGUGACAAUUGACAGUAGUAGUAGUAACGCUAUCAGUAGAUCCAGUGGCGAAGAGAAGCGCUUCCCAUGUUUAUUCUGUGGGAAAGCCUUCAGUUUCCCCAAACAGGUGGAGAUCCACCAGAGGAUGCACACGGGUGAGAAACCCUUCAGCUGCCACCUUUGCCAGGCCAGUUUUUCACACUCAUCCAGUCUGAAGAGGCACCAGAGGAUGCACACCGGGGAGAAACCAUUUGGCUGCCACCUGUGCCGGGCCAGUUUUUCCCACUCAUUCAACCUGAAGAGGCACCAAAGGGUACACACAGGGGAGAAACCUUACAGCUGCCCUCAGUGUGAGAAGAGGUUCUCCCACCAGCACCGGCUGAAGAUGCACCUGAAGGUCCACACAGGAGAGAGUCCGUUUGCCUGUACGCAGUGCGGGAAGAGGUUCUCAGAGAGGAGCUGCCUCAUGAUACACCAGCAGAAAAUGCACACGGCCCAUGUAUAGAGUAUAGUGACAUCACCAUCUAACUGAGCAGCAGCACUUAGGGAGUGCUAUUCAUACAAUUGUAUUAUUUUUGUUCAAUUAUUUUGUAUUUUGUUUAAAUGUAGUGCUGUGUUCUCCACAUCUGGAGAUAUUAGUAGAUGUUUUUCCUUUGAGAACAUUGUUUGAUUUUGAGAUUUUGAGAGAGAUGAUCAACCUGGCUCUAAAGGCUAGCUAGUCUACUAAGUCGUCUUGAUCAUCUGUUAAGAAGCAAUAAGGGCAGGAUUGAGGGACUAGUGCAUCAGGACAACGAGAAGAACGAUGAGGAGAAAUAGAGGAUAAAUCCAACAGAAAAAAGGAAUUGAUUGGAGGAUUUCUGGAGGAUUUCUAAAGGAAAGACGGUACAAGGCAUUGGAAAGUCAACAAACAAACAAAAAAACACACAAAGGAGAGGUAGGAUAUCAUAGAUAUCCCUAAAACACUUCAGUGAGCAGGCCUUUCUAAUCGAUCUGGCCCGGGUAUCCUGGAAGGAUUGCUCUUUAAAAUGCUUUCCUCACGAUCAUGCCCCAUUCAGAAAAUGUAGAACUAAGAACAGAUAUAGCCCUUGGUUCACCCCAUACUUGACUGCCCUUGACCAGCACAAAAACAUCCUAAGGCGUACUGCAUUAGCAUCGAAUAGCCCCCGCGA